AUGGAAUAAUAAUACAUCUUAGGAAAUUAUCAUUAAUGUCUUAGUCUUAUUGACAAUAAAUUUGUAUCCAUCCGCAAUACCUAUCGCUAACCAACUGAAACCCAAGCAGGUAGACUUAUGCAUGCUUGCAGUAGACUCUAGACUUGUGACUGCAAUGUACUAUGUCAGUAUUUGAUCUCAAUUGCUCAUCAUUUAAAUGAAAUAGACGUGAAAUAGUUCUUGGAAUCUUAGUUCUACAUUGAGUCAGAACUAAGAUUACCAUUCGAUGCAUUCUUGUAUUGGAUAUAGCUUGAGAUUUCUCGAAGUAACUUUGAAUAUGCUGCAUAUUUGAUUAAAAACUACAUUUCCCAAUCAACUAGAUUAGAGCAAUAGAAUGAAAGUGCAAAUGCAAAUAUGAUAGGUGGAGGUAAAGAUGCUGGUCAGAACUAGUACUAUAGAGGUUUGUUCGGGGGAAUGAGAGGAUUCAAUAGUUACACAAAUGCAUAACAAAACAAGGAUCUGCCAUUAAGCAAGGAUUAGUAUUUUAAGCUUUUGGAAUUGCUGAUAUUUUUCGUAAUUCUACCACAUUUAGGCAUGCAGCACACUUUCUAGCAAUUAAAAGAAUUGCCAAUGCCAAAGCAUAUUAAAACUGCAUUCGAAGCGCGCCUUACCGAUAUCAGAAAUGUAGUUGUGGCUGAUAUAAAACUAACAAAUCAGGAAUAACUUCUUAUUAAAGGCUAAGAUUAAAAGUCAAACAAGCUAUAAUAGCAAGCAAACUAGCUGAAUGAAAAUGGGCAGCAAUAAAGUAUUAGUCCUGAGGAAAUAUAAGCAGAAAUUAAAUAAUAGUAGCAAAUGAUAUAGAAAGAAUAAUAAAAACUUAGACAGUUGCAAGCGAAAAGGAUACUUAGAGCAAUAGCAGGCAUAUGCGUGGUUGUGCUGUUUUAUAUCGCCAUUAAAAGAGGAACACUUAAAAGAUUUGUACUGUGGUUAAUAUAGAUGAGAUUGGUUAAGUGGUUCAUGGGUGUAAUAUUCAAUUAUAAAUAUUGA